GACACGCACAGCGGCUGUCACCAGCACCGGGAACCAGACGUCACUCACACCAUCUCACCAAGUUCCACAGGGCCUCGAUGCUCUGUCCUACAAUCUACUCGAAUAGCAGAACUUGAAUUCAUGAAUUCAAACGCCUUUGCAUCGCUGGCCCACGUCCGCAUACUUCUCGUUCCCGUUGGUCCAAUACCAAGCGACAUAUUUGAGGCUCAUGCUGCAGAGAUCAAGGCUUUCGAUUCUAUACGCCUCGGGGACAUUCCAGGAGAUGCAAAGGGCGAGAAAGCGCGGUUCAUGCCCAGUCCCCUCGCAAGCGGUUAUCUUCACCUAAGUUUCACGUCCCACCCAACCUCGCCAGCUCAAGCACCGCUGUACUUGUUUCGACCAUCGCUCUUUAAUCACGCAGUAAUUGGAGUUGCUUCAUGCACUCCUUCCUACACACCGGAAGCUGUUCAGGAACAGCUGGAAAAUAUCUUUAUAGAUAUUUUUCCAGAGAGCUCAACGACCCCACCGACCAAGGUGUGUUUUGUCUUUCAGAGUGAGGACAGUGCUGGGGGAAAUAUCAACGACGUUCCCUCCGGACUGGUUUUGAUACCAAGCGUCAUGGGGAAUAAGAAACUGUACAUCGGCACGCUUUUAGCAGAUCUGUGCUCUCAGAUACUAGGCGAAUUUGGCCGAGUGGUGCAUGUCCUCGAGACGCCUGCUGGAAACGAGUGUUUAAAUGCAGCGUUAUUUCCAGUGCUGCCUGCUGGCGGAGACAUGUCAACUCGCAUCAACUCGCAUCCCUAUCUUCCUCCACCAGUCUCGGCUACUGCGACCUCGAGUCAAUUUGAGCUGAGCCUGAAUACAUCGGUGUCGACGAAUUAUGGAAUGAAGCACAAUUCAUCCACCCGCACGAAUGCGGUGGGAAUCACAUCGCAUGCCAGGUUGUACAAAGUAUAUGGUGAUUUCUUUCUCUUAGCAGGUCGUACGCAAGAUGCUAAGAUCUGGUACCAAGAAGCAUUAAUCCUCUUUAAAACUGGGUCAGAUCCAGCGUGGCAGGCGUCUGCGAUUGAAGGCCUAGCCGUCACUUCAGUGCUGGACUUGUGGGCCGCUGGUCAGGGUUUGCAAACAUCUAUAAGUGAUGCGAAAGAACCCUGGAUGGAGUUAUUCGAACAACUCUCGCAGGCCAUCAGUCUCUAUUUGAAAUCAGCUUUCCCAGAGACAACUCGAGACUAUUCUCUCCUUGCCUUCCUUUAUGUGACGGUUGUGUUGAGACAGACAUCGCUUCUCUUCUGCGUGUGGUCAUCGAAAGGAUGGGGGGCACUGGCGUUCGCCUCGAUGCUGCAGCCGGAACCAACUUCGUACUUGCAAAAAAUAGUCUCCGACAAUUCUGUAGCCGGCCUCGAUCGCCUGAGCGCCAUAACAGGCAUCACUCGUUAUCAAAUCGCAAACGCUCUAUCACAGGCCCACGGUCCUUGGCUGCUGCACCUGGGGGCGUACGAACGCCUUGUCGUUUUGCAAUCCAUAGCAAGUAUCUACAACUGCCUCGGGUUCAAACGAAAGGAAGUAUACAUACUUCGAGAGGUGGUUAGCUGCGUUAUGGAUCUGGUGGUCUGCGGCCGUGGGGAGGAUGACCAGCUCCGCAAGUCGGACUUAGGGAGUGUUGGCUUGACUAUACGCACCGCACCAGCAGUGGUUGACGAGUCUGAGGUGCCAACGUUGGGGAAUAUUGGUGUACGACGUAAAGAGAAUUUGGAAGGGAAUCAGAGUAUUUUGAAGCUCCUCUACUACGCCUGCAAGGUACUUGGCGUCAACUUGGAGUCCGUGAAUCCCGCGCCCACAGAAAGCAGAGAUGAUUUCAAGGUGAUUGAUUCCGUGACAGAGAGUAGACCACAGUGGGAAGGCCCAGGUAGGUCCGAGACCUUACGCGUGCAUUUUGGAUGGCCAGAACUUCAGGUUGGGGUAAUCCGAGAGGCAGUUGCAGUAGCGGAAGCUUUACCCGAUUAUCUAGCCGUCGCUCGUAUAUCUCUAUCUGCAUUGAAAACAAUGUACUCCAUUCUAGCCACUGCUGAUCAGUGUCAUCUAUAUCAAACGGCGUCGAGGGCUCUUAACACACUAAAACGGCGUGGUGACGCGACUACAGUCGAAUGGUGGGCCGGAAAUCUGGCUGUUAGUAUUGCUCUGCUACCUCUCCCUUCCCGACGCUUGCCGAUUGAAAGACCUGUGUCGCUAUUGAAUCCAACCCUUCGGUCAGAAAAUCCUUUGACAGCCAAGGUGACGAACACCUUUCUAUACAAUCCUCGGGAGUCUGUAAAUAUGCAGGACAAAGGCAUUCUCGUGGAAGGCGAGGCUGCGGAGCUAAUUGUCACCUUACACAACCCUUUCGUAUUCGAGCUCGAACUGGAAAGUGUAUCUCUUAUUACGAGUGGUGUGGCCUUUGACUGCGGUCCCGUUUCAUCAAUCGUAAUUCGACCGAAUUCUUUCUAUAACAUACCCGUCAUCGGAAUUCCCAAGGAGUCAGGCUCUCUGGUCAUUAAGGGCUGCACUAUUCAAGCACCCAAUGGUGCUCCAGGAGAACUCCUGCUCCCCGUCUCUGCGGAACCCGAUGAAGGCGAGCAGCUUCGAAGACAGAGCAUGAUCAGAAAUGACAGCGAGCGCACGAAGUAUGGGGGCCUUGAAGCCCUGCCUUGGGAAAUGGAUGGCAAACGUCUUAGCGCAACGGUUCCCCCCUCAAAAUCCAAACCUCGAUAUCUAGAAUGUCUGGUCGUUCCUCAGCAACCGAUGCUACGGGUGAGGUGGAGUUCCUUAACCCAUGGGGCACUCAUGCUUUAUGACGGAGAAAAGUCCAACAUCCGGCUCACCCUAGAAAAUGUGUCUGAUUUACCGAUCGACUUCUUGAAGCUUUCCUUCGAAGACUCUACCAUUUCCUCCGCAAAGGAGGCAUUGUCCGAAGGGGAACUGGACACGUUUGAAGUACACGAGAUCGAAUAUGACCUCGUUCAUCGAAAAGCCUUUUCGUGGCAGCCGGACAACGACGCCAAGGUCGUUAAUCCGGGAGGGAAAGUUGUCUUCUCUGUGACCUGCCUUGGAAAAGUUGGAUGCACCAGCGGCGCCGUUCAUGUCUUGUAUGCUCACGCCCAUCGUCAGGGCAAGGGCCAAACGGAUGCGAUCCAACAGGCAUUCUACGCGAGGGAGUUAACGUACCCACUAACUGUGACAGUGUACCAGAUGCUCGAGUGCUACAACAUGAGUAUCAUGCCAGUGGACGCAAUCGACAGUCUCCCUUCUAGAACUAAUGUGCCAACUGUUGGCGCCGAUGACUUUCAUCAUUGGUGUUUGUUUUCUAUCGAAGUACGCAACACGUAUGGCUUACCAUUUGAAGUCACGUUCACGCGGUCGCAAGAUGGUUUAGAAGACGAAACAGACUCGUCCGUAGUGUCACCUGGAUGCACAUCAAGGAUUAUUCUACCUGUUAGAAGGCUUAGACUCGGCGACGACGUAAUUUCACAACCAAGCCCGACACUCACCGACCGGCAACUUGUAAUCACCAAAUCAAACCUUAGCAAAGAAGAAGAGCAGGCACGGCGCGAAGCUUUCUGGUAUCGCGAAGAGUUACUGAAGAUUAUCCGUGCUCGGUGGAAAGAGACCACUAGCAACAGAUUCGGUGAUCUGUCACUCCGCCAGCAGCCCGUGACCAUGCACAUGUUGAAUGCUUUUAAGGCGGAUCAGGUUCACGUUGACAUGUCAUUCAUUCACCCUGAUGCCGAGCACGGUUCGCCUAUGCCACUUAAGCGUUCCCCAGGAAAAUUUGUUGUCCCACCAAAUACGAUCGUCAACUUACGAGUGCAGCUGACCAAUACUUGCCCAUCUCGCCUCGCUAUGACAGUUACUUUGUUACCGAGUCCUGAAGAACAUAUAUUAUUCGAAGGUGUAUUAGCGAAUAUCCCGGUGGGGACGGUCGAGGGGGGUCAAUCGAAGGCCGUCGAAAUGCCAAUGUGCUUCCUCUGCUCGGGGAAGUUUGAGAUUGGCGCAGAGGCUCGUCUAUUGGGCACUUGUAGAGAGAGAGAGCGGGCAGGUGUCGGCCGGGUGUAUGCCAUUGUAAAUAGAGUCGAGUAGGUAGACUUGGUUGCAAUUGCACGGCGCCAAAAAAUCAACUCGAAAAAAAGUUAGUCCCACCGAG